AUGACCAACUUACAAAACAUGUAAAUUAUAUUAAUCAUACUAAAAUAGCACUCAUCUCUUGAUAGAUCGAAAGAAAGAAACCGUNAAGUUAAAGCUAAAAAGAAAAGUAAAGAAUAAAAAUAUAUUAAAGUAAUAGUUAAUCUAACUCUGUUACAUAAGAGUUUACAUUUCCAAUUAUAGUAUCCUUUGAAUAAUUUUUUAGAAACAUUUUUAAAUUCAAUAAUGA